CCUUAUCACGAAUUGCCAAUUUACCAUCUCUUAGAACAGGAGUGAGCUGUAAUGGAGGUUGCUUGUACUUGCUUAGGUUCAGCACGUCUAUGGCGGACGAAUAUGAAAAGCUUGGUGGAUUUCCGUUUCGGAGCCUGUACUGCUACUUUGCCUCCAUUGCCGUCGUUAUCCUGCGCAUCAAGGAAAAGGAAAACUUUCAUUUUCACAGCAAGAGCUAAUCCAUACGCUGAGCAGAGUGAUCCAGUUUUCCGAGCCGCAGUCGAACGCGCUGCUAUCCGUUUCCAGGAGUCUCAACGUUCAGAUCCUUUGUUCAUUGACCCAUAUGCUGGCUGCCUUUUUCUAUCUGAGAUUGAAGUGUAUAGGGAAGAGCAUCUGCAUCCCUACUGCCUUGCAACUAAGUAUAUUGAUGAUAAGUUGUUGAGCACAUUAGAAAAAGUUGAUGGGCCGAAGCAGGUUGUUUUGUUAACAGAUGGCAUGGAUACUCGGCCGUUUAGACUCAAUUGGCCAGCAUCAACUAUAAUAUAUGACAUAUCGCCAGAGGAAGUAUUUAGAAGAGGAACUGAGAAGCUUCAAGAAGUUGGGGCUAAGAUACCAAGAGCAUGUGUAUUUCAUCAUGUCCCAUUGAAUUCCUCUAAUCUACAACAGAUGAUGGGCAGUAAAGGAUUUAAUGGUGCCAGGCCAAGUAUUUGGGCUUUUCAGGGACUGCCGGUCAUGAACUUGGCGAGCUUUAAAGAUAUUUUGUGCCUUGUCAGUAAUCUGGCCAUGAAGGGAUGCUUUUUCUUGGGAGAACUUCCUGUUUGGUUGGCUGAAACUGAUGCCAGGUGUAAGUCAACUACAAAGAGAUGGUUGGAAAGCCUUUUCUUGAGCUGUGGUUUCCGUGUGGAAAUAAUUGGGUACAAUGACAUCGCAAGAAACCAUGACAGUGAACUGGUAACAGAAGAGUUCACCAACAUACUUUUUGUUGCAGAGCAUCUGAGAUUUUCUGAUGAUCAGAUGGAACUAUGGCGGAGAGAAUUUCAGAGGAUAGAGGAAGAAGGAGACGAAGAAGGCUUUGAUGAGCUCUAGAGUUUAUCAUUCUGUUUGGUUGCGCAUCUGCAAUGCACAUCCGUCCAGGUUCAUAUCUAUCUGAGCUUUCAUAUUAGCAGUGCUAUAUUUACAUUCUCAGCUGCUAUCCAGUUUUAGGAUUGUGUUCAAAUUGAAGUCAAAUAUUUAAUUGCAUAUCAUUUCCCAUAUCCAAACAUAUAUUUUACCUCAA